UAAGCAACAGCCCAAUCAAACACAUUUCAGUUUUCUGACUUGUACCAGACGAGCUGAUCUUGAGAAGUUCAUCAGACUAAAGUCAUUUAUAUCUAAUUUCUUCAAAGAUGUCUUACCCAACAAUUAUGUCUAGUAUUGGUGGUGGAGGAGGUGCUCCAUUUUCAUUUACCGGUGAGAACAAUGGUGCCAGUUUAGAGAAGAUCUGGGUGUGGGUGGGAGAAUGGCAGGUAAAGGCUGUCAGGGUCUGGCUUACAGAUGGGAGAAAUGAAACCUUUGGAAAGCCAUCUGGAUCGAAUCAAGAGUAUGUGUUCAGGCCUGGUGAGUGUUUCACCAAACUGACUCUGUGGGGAAACGGAGCAGGAACACGCCUUGGAGCCAUUAGAUUCAAGACCAGUGAGGGUGGAGAGUUUUUUGCAAAGAUGUCAAGCUGGAGUUUAAAAACAGAAUAUCCCAUGGAUGUUGGCUCUGGAUAUUGUUUGGGAGUUGUAGGAAGAGGUGGUUCGGACAUUGACAGCAUGGGAUUCAAGUUUCUCAAUGCAGUUCAAUCAACAGCUCUCACCAACGUCAGCUAUCCCACUAUCAACCAACUGAUACCAAAGGUGACUGUGGAAGAGCUCAAAUCCAUCACUUACCAGAACGACUCCUCUGCCAAACAACAGCAAACAAUUGAAACCUCAAAGAAGGUAAUCAAAAAAUCCUCAUGGUCUACGAGCAAGAGUUUUACUGCGACGUUUAGUAUGGAAGUGAAGGCUGGGAUUCCGGAGGUUGCAGAAGUUUCUACAGGAUUCAGUUUCAGCGUUGGAACAGAAAGCACCUAUAGUCUGGAGCACACAGAUGAGAGAACUGAAACUCUGUCUACCAAUGUAGAAAUCCCACCAAAAAAGAAGGUGGAUGUUGCAAUCACCAUUGGCAGAGCCACUUUUGACCUGCCUUACACUGGCACGGUGAAGAUCACUUGCAAGAACGGCAGUGUGUUACAGUAUGAAACCAAGGGCACAUACAAAGGCAUCACUUACACUGAUAUCAAAGUGAAGACUAAAGAAUCUGCUCUGUAAUGUCAAGACAGAUUGUUCUUGGCUGGUCUUUAACUGAUUUUGUCUGAUAUCUGAUUUGAGCUUUUUACUUUUAGUAAUCUAGUAAUAGAGAUUAUUGUGAUGUAUUAUAAUGUGAUUACACAAUGUAUUUCAUCAUAUUAAAACUUCAAAUGUUUAAUCUAACAUUUAAUAAAAGCAUUUCAUGAGCCACGUGUCUACACUGU